AUAGAGUAAAAUCAGACAGAAACACUGUUUUAUUUUAUUUGAAAAAGGAGCUUCUGGAUAUUUUUCCUCAUUUACAGCAAUUUGAAAGAAGCCUCUCAUUCCAUGGGCAACAUAGGAAGUAGCAGCGCUAACGGCCGUCGGAGAAGCAAUAGCAGAAGGAAUCAUCCGCCGCCGCCGCCGUUUAGGCCGCAGCCAGAAAUCGCGUCGAAUCGGUCUGCGCUUCCAGCAUCUACACAUCAGACAUCGCAAUACCCAAACUCGAAUCCUUCCCCGUAUUUCCAGGACGCAGGUCACUAUUCCUCUCCCCAUCAGGCUAUGCCGGCGCCUUUGCCGGCUCCUCUCGAUCACCACCAUCGCGCGAGGCCUCAUCAUCAAACGGACCCAUCAAGGACGGGUGGAAGUUACCAUUGCAGGCCUGCUAUCCCUCCGCUUCCGUAUGUAGAGCAUCGGAAGGCGGUUACUAUAAGGAACGAUGUUAAUGUCAAGAAGGAGACUCUAAGGAUUGAACCCGAUGAGCAAAAUCCUGGGCGGUUCCUUGUUGCAUUCACAUUCGAUGCCAUCGUUGAUGGGAGCAUCACCAUUCUUUUCUUUGGUAAAGUAGAUGAUAGCUGCAUCCUCACACCAAUGAAGCAAAAUAUUCUAGGCCCCGUAACUGUAAGUUUCCAGCAAGGUCUUGGUCAGCAGUUUAGGCAGCCGAUCGGAACUGGUAUUGACUUUUCAAUCUUUGAGGAGUCAGAAUUAUCAGAAGCGGGUGUAAGAGAUGUGUUCCCUUUAGCAGUGAAGGCGGAUGCUUCCUGUGAAAAACAAGAUGGAUCAAAUGAAAAUUUAACAUCUGGCAACAGAAACUCUCAGAUAACUCUCGCAGCAUUUGGGAAGGAGAAAGGAGAAUUCCGGGUAAAGGUAGUUAAGCAGAUCUUAUGGGUAAAUGAAAUGAGGUAUGAACUGCAGGAGAUAUAUGGUAUUGGAAAUUCAGUGGAGAGUGACCUGGACGAAAAUGAUUCUGGAAAGGAGUGUGUUAUCUGCCUCUCAGAACCACGAGACACAACUGUUCUCCCCUGCCGACACAUGUGUUUGUGUAGCGGGUGCGCUAAGGUUCUGAGGUUUCAGACGAAUAGAUGCCCAAUUUGCAGACAGCCAGUUGAGAGGCUUUUGGAGAUAAAGGUCAAUAAUGAUAACAGACCUGAGGACUGACAUUAGUAAGAUACCGAGCUGGUGCUUCCGGCUUCCAGACCCUGUAAAGCCCAACUAUUAUAUUUGAUAUUUCUCCCAUCGUUACAGUUUUCUUUCCCAUACUUUUCCCAAAUUUCAAUUAUGGAAAUGGAGAUUAUGUAUGGUAAGCGGUUCGAAAAGGACAGGUGGCUCACAUAUUACACCUCAUUUGUACUAUAAGCCAAUAUAUACUGGUCUGGCGUUACACCAAAGUGGGUUGCCAUGGAAAAAUUUGUAAUUACAAGUGUUGUUUCUUCAGGUGACUUAUUGUUAAACUUUUAUGAUUGAUGGUUUAGUCGCCCCUCACAUAUAACCAAUAAUUUGUUAUGCUUCUGC